AAGGAUUUGAGUCGUUCACAGUCCACAGCGGUGAUCGUUCAGACCUUGCAGGUCGGUGGGAAAAUAGAAGCUUAAAGAACAGAGGAAGAGACAAAGGAAAGGGAAGAACUAGAGUAAACAACACCAGAGAUUAGAAGAGAACUUACGAGGAGAGAUCAGAGGAGCGAAGAUUAGAACUGCGCACACAGCUCUGUACUGUACCGCAACAUAUCUUCAAUGGCGGACGACAAGAACGGGGCAGCUGAUGUAAUUGGUAAUUUACCUAAGGUGAAUCCGCCGGAAGUUAGACGUUCUUGGGGUGACGAAGUAGACGAUGAAGAAUCAGAAUCUGCCCCAUCUGGGUCCGGAGACAAAGCCGAGGAUUUAAAUGUUGCUUCGCUGGCUAUUGAUGAGAACAAGAAUGUCAACAAGUUUCUGGAUGACCCAGAAGAUUCAAGCAUCAGCGCGGUUACAUCGGGUGAUACACCAUAUACUUCUGCGUCUACUUUUGAGGACUUGAAGCUGUCGCCUGAAUUGCUGCAAGCAUUAUACGUUGAUAUGAAUUUUGAGAGGCCUAGCAAGAUUCAGGCAAUUAGCUUGCCAAUGAUUUUGACUCCACCCUAUAAGGAUUUAAUAGCUCAAGCGCACAAUGGUUCUGGUAAGACCACUUGCUUUGUGCUUGGGAUGUUGAGUCGGGUUGAUCCAACCGUUAAAACACCGCAGGCCCUUUGCAUUUGUCCUACAAGAGAAUUGGCAAUACAGAACCUGGAAGUUCUUCAGAAGAUGGGGAAGUAUACGGGGAUAACUUCUGAAUGUGCUGUUCCGAUGGAUAGCACUAAUUAUAUCCCAAUUGCAAAACGGCCACCAAUUACUGCACAAAUAGUGAUUGGUACACCGGGUACAACAAAGAAAUGGUUGUCGGCAAAGAAACUUAGCACAAGGGAUAUGAAAAUUCUUGUUUUUGAUGAGGCUGAUCACAUGUUGGCCGAGGAUGGCUUUCAGGAUGAUUCUUUAAGGAUUAUGAAGGAUAUUCAGAAAAACAGUGCACACUGCCAGGUGCUUCUUUUCUCUGCUACUUUCAAUGAGAUUGUAAAGAAUUUUGUAUCGAGAGUGGUUAAAGAUGGAAAUCAAUUGUUUGUAAAGAAAGAAGAAUUGUCACUAGAGGCAGUGAAGCAGUAUAAGGUGCACUGUCCAGAUGAACUUUCCAAGAUAGAAGUGAUCAAGGACAGAAUCUUUGAAUUGGGAGAGAAGUUGGGACAAACCAUUAUAUUUGUCAAAACUAGAAAUAGUGCCGCCAUGUUGCAUAAGUCACUGGUUGAUUACGGUUGGCAAUGCACUACUAUUCAAGGUGCUCUUAAGCAAGAAGACAGGGACAAGAUAGUCAAGGAGUUUAAGGAUGGUUUAACUAAAGUCCUCAUAUCAACUGAUAUUCUUGCCCGAGGUUUUGAUCAAGCACAGGUUAAUUUGGUUGUCAAUUAUGAUCUUCCGGUGAAGCAUGCAACUCCAUCUGAACCUGACUAUGAGGUGUACUUGCAUAGGAUUGGUAGAACAGGUCGUUUUGGCCGCAAAGGAGCUGUGUUCAACUUGCUGUGUGGUGACAGGGACAUGAUGAUCAUGGAAAAAAUUGAGAGGCAUUUUGGGCAUGACAUAGCUGAGGUCCCUUCUUGGAGAAGUGAUGCAGAUUUUGAAGCUGCUUUAAAAGCAGCUGGGCUGGUGUAGAUGAUGGUGUUGAACUUGUUGCAAUUCCUUCAAGGCUGCCUCGCUGAGUAUUUGUGUUUGAUGAGAUGCAUGAGGGGUGGUAUCUGCAAUGAUGCAUUGGUGUGUUCAUCUUCUGCAGAGGCUUUUAAAAGAUUUAAAUUUUUUCGUUGCAAUACUGUCGAUGGUCUGCCUAGUUAGUUCCUGUUUGGUCAUGAGGGUUGUUAGGGGGAGUGGAAUUUUGGAUUAAGAAGAAUGAAUUGUUUUACUGUUUGCUAGGAUCUGGAUAGGAUCUAUGAAGCCAUUGAAACAAAAAUUCUGGUUAGAGUCGGUUUUACCAGCCCAAUGAUAAAGAGCACAUGGAAUGGUUGAUCAAUGCAUUAUUGAAGGGACACGAUACCAAA